AUGAAGUCUCAUGAACACGGUUUUGAGGCUUUCAAUUUUGAGCAUCCCCUAAUAGGAGGUGGCCACCAUGGAUAUCCACAUGUUUUUCCUGGAUAUAACGUAGAUCCGAUUACAGAAGAACACGAACAACCAGAGAUUUUAGGUGGAUUAAGAGAGGGAUUUUAUCAAAAUACAUGUCCUCAAGCAGAGCAAAUUAUCAAAAAUGGCCUAACUAGAGCCUUUCAAAAUGACUCUACUAUUGCUGCUGCCAUCCCUAGACUUUUCUUGCAUGAUUGCUUUGUCAAGGGUUGCGACGGGUCAAUAUUUCUCGAUACAACACCAAGUGGUGGGAAAGUAGAGAAGUUAUCUCCGUCAAAUGGCAUUACAGUCAAGGGAUUUGAACUCAUUGACGAGAUCAAAGCAGAACUCGAAGAGAACUGCCCGGGCAUUGUCUCGUGCUCUGAUGUUUUAGCCUAUUUAUCUCGUGACGCCUUUGUUGCAUCGGGACUCCCGCAUUACGAGGUGUCUGGUGGCCGACGUGAUGGCAUGGAAUCGCGCGUAGAAAACGUCGUUGGCAACCUCCCAUUGCCUGAUGAUACAGUAGACCAAAUGAUUCAACUUUUCAACAGAAAAGGCCUAAAUGCUGAAGAUUUAGUUGUCUUAAUUGGUGCACACUCAAUUGGAGUAGCUCAUUGUUUCAACUUUCUUUAUCGAAUGGACACACCCGAGAAGGCGCAAAUGGUUGAUCCGCGACUUGGUGGUGUUAUGAAAUUUACAUGUACUAGCCAAAUGAGUACAAUAGCGUUUGAUGCAACAACACAAUACAAAAUGGACUCAGUAUUUUACAAGCAAUUGUUGAUGAAAAAAGGCUUACUCGAAUCCGAUCAAGUUUUGACACAAGAUAUAAGAACAAGGGGAUUUGUCCAAAGAUUUAGUAAUGAUGAAGUGGGAUGGUUUAACAAAUUCGGCGUGGCCAUGAACAAGCUUGGGGCGGUAGAGGUGCUCACCGGAAACCAAGGGGAAAUCAGGAAACAAUGUCGAGCUGUUAACUUAUAAUAAGAGUUUAACUUGUAUACACUGAC